AUGGGAAAGAAAACGAGCAAAGCUGCAGAAAACAUCAAAGUUCUUGUCCGUUGUCGCCCGUUAAAUGAGAAGGAGGAGUUACAGGGCUACAAGUCCUGCGUGGACGUGGACCUCACCGAGCACACGGUGACCGUGAAGAGUCUCGUGGGUGAGCCUGACCGGUGGACCUUUGAUGCAGUCAUCAACAACACGUUCAGUCAACGUGACAUCUUCACGCAGUUUAUUAGGCCCCUGGUGGACUCCGUUCUGGAGGGCUACAAUGCCACCGUCUUCGCAUAUGGACAGUCCGGGUCUGGCAAAACGCACACCAUGAGCGGAAAAAUCGGAGAUGCCGAGUUGCAGGGAAUUACACCGCGUUGUUUUGCCCACGUCUUUGAGCGCAUUGCCGAAAUUAAGGAGGCAUCUCCCAACAAACAGUUCUCCAUGUAUGUCUCCUUCGUUGAACUCUACAACGGUAAGGUGCAGGACUUGCUGGCGCGGCAACAGGUCCCGCUCGCGCUGAAGGAAAAUAA